ACUUUAAAAUUAAAACCCAUCUCUCGGUUUGGGAAUGACGAUUGACUUUAAAUUUUCUUUAGUCAUCUUCUGUCAAUUUCGUUUCGAUCAUUACACACAAAAAAAAAAUAAGUAUGGAACUUCAAGUCCUUCUUCUUCGUCCAAUCUUCUUCUUCUUCCUUUUGACAAGUUUACAACAAUCUUCUUCUGCUCGGAUUCUUACAAUCUCUAAGCCUGAUAGACAUGACUACGCCGCAAGUGCUCGUUGGCUUGUCUCUCAGAAUUCUUGGGGUGUUCUUAGCACACUAUCCGUUGAUCAUGAAGGCGCUCCCUUCGGGAAUGUUGUAUCGUUUAGUGAUGGUUUACCGGAGAAAGGCAGCGGUAUACCUUACUUUUACUUAACAACUCUUGAUCCAACUGCAAGAAACGCACUAAAAGACCAGAGAGCUUCACUCGCUAUUAGUGAAUCUCCCGUUGGAACUUGUAAGAGAGAUCCAAUGAAUCCUACUUGCUCUAAACUAACCCUUACCGGAAAGUUACUGAUAUUGGAUGAAGGAUCUGAGGAAGCAGAAGUAGCCAAAAAAGCUUUAUUCACAAAGCAUCCAGAGAUGAUAGAUUGGCCGGAGGAUCAUGAUUUCCGCUUCUUUAAACUCGAGAUCAUCGAUAUAUUUCUGAUCAAUUGGUAUGGUGGAGCUAAACCUAUCACUGUAGAUGAAUACCUUCAUGCCAAGUCGAUCAAAGUCGUUUCCUUUUUAUAAUAACUCACCGGAAUCAAGCAAAUGGUGAAGCAAGAAAAUGUAUAUUGGAUACACAAUAAAAUGUGUGUAACUGU